CUCAACACGCCGCCCAACGGUACGACAGAGCAAUACAGGCAUUACCAUCACAUUAGAUUGGCUUAACCUUACUAUACAAGAUUAUCAAGCCACAUUGUUGAAUCCCUUCACUUCGAUUUCUACAUAGCCAAGACACAAAACUCCCAUCCGAAUUCCGUACUGACAUGACCGUUUCUUCCAUGAUGUCUCUUCUGCACAACGCCUAACGUUCCCUUUCAUCAUUUACGAGUUGUGAGCUCAUAAACCACAAUCAUUGUAUAAAAUCGACCGUCCUGUACAUAUCAUUUCUACAAGAGAUCGCAAAAACACUCAUCAAAUAUUUUCCACUAUGGCGCCGUCGUACGAAUCAGGGUCAUUUAUAUGGUUCAAUCGGAGGAUACACAGGACUUUCAUUUUAGCAAUGUGUAUAUUGUAAGUCCGUUUUUUUCUCGAACUGGAGAAGAUUGAGUGAUGAUAAACGAUAAGAUUCAACCCCGUCGGGUUUUCCAUGCAUGUUGGGAUCCCGGAAAUCCGGUCUAUGCCGUCAAUGAUUCUAGUGACACACAGUCUAGACAUUAAUUCUAACAUUUUGCAGAAGUUUGCUUAUGUUGGUCGUUUACCAUCAAUACAACUGGUCGUCGAUAUCAAAUAUCCAUUUAGACAAACUAGCAUCAGGAGGGUCGGGCGCAGUCGGUGGUGAUCCUAUAGCGGCACUGGACCAGACACGCGUUGCCCUCCUCCUCGAGACGCGCCCCUUGCCUCAUAUUCCCGCACUGCUCGCACAUUUCAUGUCCGUUUUACCAGAACCAUGGGUUUUCCGCUUCGUUGGAUCACCCGAGGCCAACUCUCUUAUUUUGGCUUCCUCAUCUCUUUCUGCACACGUUAAAACCGGGAAACUAGUCAUUACCGAGCUCCCCGGAAAAUACGCCAUCACAGACCCAGAGACUAUAAGCAUGACUCUUACCGAUCCAACUUUCUACAAAGACUUUCUUGCCCCUGCGAAAUGGCUUCUUGUGUUUCAAAGUGAUUCAAUUAUAUGUGCAGCCUCCAAGCAUAAUAUAGAAGAAUACGUUUCCGCAAACUAUUCCUGGGUGGGUGCUCCAUGGAACAUGGUCGUAAAAGGCGGAAAUGGAGGAUUGAGUCUCAGACAUAUCCCUCCAAUUCUCAAAGUGCUCGAAAAAGAAGCCCGUCGGCCGGGUGAUCCGUGGGAAGAUCGUUGGAUAUGUGAUCGUCUCCUAGAGUCGGACGCUACAAAGAUGCCUGGACCGGAGGUAGAAGCAACGUUCAGCGUCGAAAGUCAGUGGUAUGAAAAACCUUUUGGCUAUCAUUUGAUAGGAAGUGGUAAAACCCUGGUUCCAGAUAUCUGGGACAAUAAGGAGCGCAGAAAGCAUAUUUUGCAAUAUUGCCCAGAAAUAAAAAUCGCCUUGGAUAUGGACUUGCUCAGGGAAGCAGAGAGACUGGCCAAGGAAGUCGAGGAAUUAAAAUCUCCCAAGACCGGUGCGGGAAAAGAGAAGGAAAAGGAAAAGGAACUUAGUUAGAUGAACUCUGAAGAUGGAAAGAAGACUAUAUGAAAACACGAUUUACCAUACAUACAACAAUCAAGAUAUAAAUAAUGCCUGCGACAUAAUGAUAUGAGCAUUAAUAAUGCGCAGGAUAUAUAGACUUGCAGCUCUUAUCCCUCUAUUUACGACAGAAUGGUAAGAAUUCGAAUUAUCAUAACAGUAGGAGCUGAUGAAGGGACUCUUAAACAACAUUGAUUAUUGCAUAUCUAUCUUCGACACCCAUCCA